AUGAGCAUGAAAGAUAGUGACACCACAAGUGUGUCAACAGGUGUCUCAUAUGAACCCAAAACGCUUGUUUUGUCACUGACACACGGAUCUGAAUCGCUGAAAAGGUAUAUUCAACGUACGCAAACCAAUGGCAGUCUUUACAAAGUAAUCCUGGGGAUACAAGAUGAUCGUGAACUCGAUCGCAAAGAUCUGUAUUUACCAACUGGUCAGGAAGUGGCUGACGUGAUUGAAGAAAUAUCACGUCCUCAGUCCAGACUGGCUCAAGCAGGUUCGAUGUUGGAAAAUAGUGAUGAAAGAAGCAAUGACCAUAGCGACAUUACACCUGAUGAAGUUGAUGCGCCAAAACCUGAUACCGGGUAUGCGUGGUUCAUGGCUGUUUGCGGCUUGUUGGCCGUGUUUUCUACGUGGGGGUCUAACGCUUCAUUUGGGGUCUUUUUGAAUUUCUACACGUCCCAUGAUACAUUUCCGGAAGCCGGCAAGUACGACUACGCGCUUAUAGGUGGCAUAGUCAUGUUUUGUGCUCAGUUCCUAGCACCAUUCUCCAUCUUGAUAUACCAAGUAGUGGGUCAUCGACCAUUGAUGAUCUUGGGAGUUUGUCUACAGACAGCCGGUUACAUACUUGCACUGUUCGCAACUCGCUUAUGGCAGCUUUAUUUGACGCAGGGUCUUCUAGUUGGUCUUUCUUUCGUCAUGGUCUUUUUACCCGCAACCAUGAUUGUCCCAACUUGGUUUGACAAGUAUAUCGCAACAUGUAUGGGUAUCAUGGUCCUGGGAGCUGGUGUUGGUGGGUUGGUCUUCUCUCUUUCAUUGAACAAAGUUAUGGAACAAACAGGAGACCAGCGUUGGGCUCUUCGUAUGGUCGGCUUCAUUUGUUUAUUUACCGCCAUCAUCCCUGCGGUGUUCCUCAAAAAUAGAACCAAGCUGGCUGCGCAACUCACUCCAUUACGACAACGACUCACGCGAAAAUACAUACUGCAACAUGCUCGAGUGAUCUUCGAUUUCUCUGUCUUCAACAAUUAUGCCUUGAUUUGUGUCGCCUUUUGGUUUGCCAUCUGCUUAUUAGGGUAUACUCUUAUGCUUUAUCUGACAUCAUCCUACGCAAAACUGGUCGGCCUUUCCGAUCAGCAAGGGUCGCUGCUCACUUCGAUCAUGAAUGCGGCACAGAUUGUAGGUCGGCCAUUAAUGGGGCUUACUUCAGAUGCCUUCACUGGACGCCUGACAUUUGCUCUGGGGAUUUCAUUUUUAAUUGGAAUCUUAUUACUUGCAUGGUGGAUCAAUGCCGAUCUGUACGGUCUGCUUAUUGCCUUUGUCGUUGUAAUCGGGCUAGUCAUUGGCGUUGGGUCAACGAUGGCACAAUCUCUUGCAUCAGACAUUUUGAAAGGUCAACGUGUGGCACUGGCAUGGUGUGGGAUGAACAUGCUAGUGGGAAUGACAACUCUAGUUGCGGAAGUCAUUGCAUUGGCAUUGGUCAGACCAGAUUCCUCGAAUCCUUAUCUUCAUACCCAAAUUUUCUCGGGGUGUUGCUUUUUAUUUUGUGGCAUAUUGGCAUUAAUCGCUAGAGAAUAUCUUGUGAGGCGUAAAUUGCACGAACGACAAGAAAAUGCUCUUAAUCAUUGCGAGGAAGUGGCUCCGAGCAAGGAUGGCGACGAUGAAAAGGAAAUUAUUCAACUGCGCAUAUCCCGUUACCAAAUUCUUUUGAAGCGUUCCCUCUUUGCUUUCUUCAUUAGGUGUUUCUACCCUAUCAAAGCAUGA